AUGGGGCUCAUCGGUCGAAGAGAGCAGCCUUCGAAAAAGGUACACAACGGCGGCACCAAAGCAUGGGAUGAACAAACUAAAUGGGCGUUACCUUCAGCAGGAAGCCUUCGGAAGGCUACACCGCAAGAAACUCCGACAGACGAGACUAUUCGGCUUGUAAACCCGAGUGUGAACUCACUUGUGGGAGGGCGACUGGGUUCGCAAACACCGAUGUUUGCUGGAAGGGUGACCAAGCGAGCUGUUGGCGAGCCCCAGAAACAAAACGCAACUGUGCCAGGCCUACUAGAAGGCCCACGAUCCGUGCUCUCAUGGCAAGAGUCAUUUGAGCUGCAACGAACACUCAGGAGAGAACUGCCUCCACCUCCCUCGAACAGAUACGAUUCUGCGGUCGACGUAACGAUCCGACCCCUCAACGUCCGAAAGCAUCAAGUCCAGAAGCCAUACUCUCCUUCUGGAUUAGGAAGAUCAACCGCCGUACCCAUCCAACCCAAACCGACUGCCAAUGCCCGAGUUCUCCACGCACCAGCAUUCCAUUCUCAAACCGCUUUACCUGCAACAGGUAAGGAGCCAGCGCGGGGCUGGGAACAAGAUUGGGAAAGGCCUCUUCAGCAACGCAUCGGAGAUUCGAGAGCGAUCUGGAAGUCAGCGUCACACCGUCUUCUACUGCGGAACAAAGAUAGCAUACAACGACUAGACGCCGAGCAAGCCAUAAUGGAGCAGAUGACUGCGAGGAUGGAGUUGGAGAAGAGGCAGCAGCCCCAGAUGAGGAGCAUUCAGAGCAUCGAAGAGAUGGCUGAGGAAGACAGGAGGGCAGAUGAGGAAUGGAACGGUAAGUAA